AUGAGAGUCACUGUUGCAUUUCCAGCUCUUUGCUUCAGCCUAACGGCAGCCAGCCGCACAGGCUUCAACCCCAGUGACGGCGUACAAGCAGGUUACCACGUAAUCUGGUCAUACCCAGGACCCACCAUACCGCAAGACAUAUACUCCGCAGCUAUAGCCGGCCGACUCGGCGGCAUCAUUCUCUUCGGAGAGAACGUCAACGACAAUCUCCCCACUCAGAUCAAUGCACUGCAGCAGACAUACAAGAAGUCGAAGAACUACCCAGGAUUUCCUCUUCUGAUUCUGACCGACCAAGAAGGGGGCGAAGUGAAUCGCCUCCCUGGAGGACCUACACAAUCUGCAAAAGAGGUUGGGCAAGCUAGCGAUCCAGCCGCUGCUGCUGCGAGUGCUGGGUCGACGGUGGCAACUGUCUUCUCAGAGUACAAUGUCAAUGGCGACCUAGCCCCGGUUUUGGGUGUAUUCCGCGAGUCUGGUGACUUCCUAGAUAGAUACGAACGCUCAUAUGGCAACACAUGUCAGCUAGUCUCCACAUGCGUUGGACCCUUCAUCUCCGCCAUGCAAUCCAAAGGAGUACUAGCUACGGCGAAGCACUUCCCGGGUCUUGGAGCCGCAGCCCGAGAUGCGAAUACCGAUGUCGAGCCUGUCACGCUCAACCUGACGCUAAACGAGAUUCGUAGCAUUGAUGAAGUACCUUACAAAACUGCUAUCAGUACCGGAGUCAAAAUGGUCAUGCCAUCCUGGGCGCUCUAUCCAGCUUUGGACAGCAAAUAUCCAUCCGGACUGAGCAAACGCUGGAUCCGGCAAGAACUUCGUGGACGACUUGGCUUUCGAGGGGUUACGAUCAGUGAUGCUAUCGAAGCAGGAGCUCUGACUGCUUUUGGGGAUACCGGCGAAAGGACGACGUUGGCCUUGUCGGCCGGCAUGGAUGUUAUUCUGGCUGCAGCUCGGAAUACAACGCAAGGCUCGAAUGCCGUGACUGCUAUUGUGUCCGGGCUGAAGAGUGGACAGAUAGAUCUUCGAGCUUUCAAAGAAUCCACGAAAAGAAUCGCUGACCUGAGAAAAAGUUUGGCGGGAAAGCAUUAA